ACUACCGCUAGAAGACAACAGUGUGGUCCUCCCACCUCCGCGCUCGGACACAGCUCGUGAGUGCCGCUCAGUCUGACUAGGGGACCGUGCAACUACUGCUCAGCCUGUACAUGGGAGCCUGACUUGGGUUGGAUUUCUGGGCUGUUUGGGGGCGCACACGAGUUUUAGUGUUGUGAAGAAAGACGCAGUUAUGACAGAGCAGCAGUCGUGCGCGGCUUGAGCAGAGGAAUAUAAACGAAGUAUUGUGGGAGAAGAUUGAUAACGCGACUGGAAGGCAAGGAGGCAGAUGUAAUUUCCAAAAGCAGUGACUGUUCGUUUUGGAUUUGCUCUUUCUUUGCCAGCUUUCAUAUGACUUGGAUCUCCCGGACACAUUGCUGCAAAGACUAGUACCAUGUGUCGUUACGCGGUAUAAAAACCUCAUUGUGGAGAUCUCUGUCGCACCGGGGGACAGGUGGUGCCGCUUGUCUGUGCGCGCACGAGGGGGUACGCGGACUUACACAAGCUUCCCAGACAGUUGUCCUAUAGCGAUGUUUGGCUGGAUAUCGGUUUGUACCAGAGACAGGUGCGAGAGAGGAGAGGAGGAGUAGUUCGCAAAGCCCCACGCGGGGUCUGGCAACGCGCUAACGAGACUUAUCCAGACUCUCCGCGCGCUCGGGAUUUGUUUCUAUUCGCUUCGGGCCAAGGGACGUCUUCUCUCCGCUGGACCAGAGAUCCAGAUUGUGUUUAGACUGCAGCGCCGGCAUGCCCCAUUUCUAAAGCCUCAAGCUGAGAUUCCGAGGUUCUGUUGCCAUGGCGACCGCAGCCCCUCCCCUCCGCCUGUACUUAGCGCUGUGUUGGCUGCUCCGGACCGCCAGCACGGUGUUCCCAGAGGAGCCGGGGCCCCUCAACUUCAUUCCCGCUGAAGUGGUCCGGAGGUACCCUGUGUUUCUGGGCCGACCUCACAGAACAUGGCUGCGACAGGAGCCUCUACACAUCCAGAGAGUGCUGCAGGUCAACCGCACACUCUACAUCGGGGCAAGAGACGACCUUUUCAGAGUGGAGCUGGACAUUGUUGCAGGAGAUGAGAUGUUCUACAGUAAGAAAAGGACAUGGGAGUCAAACAAGAAUGAUAUCCGGAUCUGCAGGAUGAAGGGAAAACAUGAGGACGAGUGCCGCAACUUUAUGAAGGUGCUGCUCAGUCGAAGAGGAGGGCUGUUCGUGUGUGGGACCAACGCCUUCAACCCGCUCUGUGCCAACUACACUGGCGACACUCUGGAGAUGGUGGGGGACCCAGUGAGUGGGAUGGCUCGCUGUCCAUAUGACCCCAAACACGCUAACGUGGCUCUGUUCGCUGAGGGAAACCUGUUCACAGCUACAGUUACUGACUUCCUGGCCAUCGACGCAGUCAUCUACCGCAGCCUCGGAGACAGUCCAGCUCUGCGCACUGUAAAACACGACUCCAAGUGGUUCAGAGAGCCGUAUUUCGUCAGCGCUGUGGAGUGGGGCCCUCACAUUUAUUUCUUCUUCAGAGAGAUCGCCAUGGAGUUCAAUUACCUGGAGAAGGUGGUGGUGUCUCGUGUGGCCAGAGUGUGUAAGCGCGACCUGGGGGGCUCUCAGCGUGUCCUGGAAAAGCAGUGGACAUCGUUCCUCAAAGCACGGCUCAACUGCUCCGUCCCCGGUGACUCGCACUUCUACUUCAACCUGCUGCACUCCACCAGCCCUGUCAUCAGGAUGCACGGCCGUGACAUCAUCCUGGGGGUCUUCUCCACUCCUCCUAACAGUAUCCCGGGAUCAGCGGUGUGUGCGUUUGACAUGGAGCAGCUGGCACAAGUGUUCGAGGGCCGCUUCAAAGAACAAAAGUCGCCCGAGUCCAUUUGGACGCCGGUUCCAGAUGAGCUGAUCCCCAAACCCAGGCCUGGAGGAUGUGCAGUCCAGGGAUCAAGGUUCAAUUCGUCCAAUUCAUUUCCUGAUGAGAUGCUUAACUUUGUCAAGACACACCCUUUGAUGGAUGAGGCCGUGCCAUCGCUGGGACAGAGGCCUUGGAUAGUACGCACCAUGGUCAGAUACCAGCUGAAUAAGAUUGUGGUGGACACAGAGGCAGGCCCACACCGAAACAGAACUGUCUUAUUCCUGGGAUCCAGCCGUGGAACCAUCCUUAAAUUCCUCAUCAUGCCCAACCAGGACAACACUGUCACCAGCAGCAGCGUCUUCUUGGAGGAGUUGGAGGGAUUCAACCCGGAGAAGUGUGCAGAGGACUCCCCUGCAGCCCGGCAGCUCCUCUCCCUCACCCUGGACAGAGCCAGUCACACUCUGCUGCUGGCCUUCCCCUCCUGUGUGGUCCGAGUCCCGGUGGCACGCUGCCAGCUCUACUCUCGCUGCAUGAGAAGUUGUAUAGCCUCCAGAGAUCCAUACUGCGGCUGGACCAAAGGGAGCACCUGUUCCUUCCUUCGUCCUGGGACCAGACUACCAUUUGAGCAGGAUGUGGAGCAGGGGAACGUGGCCCACCUGGGGGACUGUGACGGUGCACUUCUUCAGGAGAGCUUCAUGGAUGAACCAGACGGUCUGGUAUCUGUGAACCUGCUGGUGGUGUCUGCAGUGUCUGCCUUUGCCACAGGAGCUGUGAUCUCAGGGCUGGCCGUGUGUUGGAUCAUGAGCCACAGACAUCGACACUCCAAGUGUGGCGCCAAUGCCGCACGCAGGAAGAGCGACAAGGAGCAGAGCAUGUUAGCCCAGGGACGCAGCGGCUCCGUCAUGAGCGUGACCAGGACCAGUGGAGGAGAGAGGCGGCGCUCUCAGCCUGACAGUUUGUUUGUCAUGCACAACGGCUGGCCCAAAGACAUGGACCCUGGUCUGCUGCCCACUCCAGAGCAGACACCUCUCCAGCAGAAGAGGAGCAUGCGCCUCCCUGACACUGACUGGGACCAGAGCCAGACCUUCCUGACUGCCUGUCCCAACAACUCUGUCAUCUACCUGAGCUCAAAGUUCUUACACGGAGGAGGAGGUGGGAUGGUGAGGAUAGAUGACCCGGGGGAGGUGGUCCUGCCCCCCCACACUGAACGUCAGCGUUACCUGAUAUUGGCAGCACAGAGAGGGGACCAUGGAGGGAGCCGUCCCACAGGCACCCUGCGGAACUCAGCGGGGGACUACAUCUACCCUGCCACCCCCCAGGACUCCCCUGACAGGCGCAGAGUUGUGUCUGCUCCUGCGCCUCACUUGGACUACGGAGACCCACGCUGGACCCAUGAGGCGCUUAACUACAACACCAACAAUGCAGCGCCCUACCACCCGCACCGGCACGGGCUCAUCCGGCCUGAUAUGCAGGGGGCACGGGGUCUGGGGGAACUGGCAGACUUCAGCCAUCUUCUGGUCAAGAACAUGGGAGAGCGCACACCUAGUGGUCAGUGAGGUGAAAUACACCACAAGCUGCUCUGUAUAAGCUCUCUCUCAAACCAUUGUCCAACACAAAUUUGGAUUCCAGUUCUCUCCCAGACUCCUGUCCCAACCUUACCCUGUCUGUCCUCUCUCACCGUCAUUCAGUGUCCAGGAGACAGCCUCCUGUGGUCCACCUGUGUCUGAGGGACUCUCAGCAGUGGACAGAGCACAGAGCUACAGGACAGGCCUGUACAGGGAGGUGCAACAAAGAGAGUCUUCUCAUGGGACAGUACUGAGAAAACUGGACAAUCUCACAGAAUCAAAUGUGAAUGGUCUCGCUCCAUCGUUUUUUCUCACCAUGGACGUUUUUUGAGUGUGAAAUCUAAUUUCUGCUUUUUUAUUUUUGUGCCAGUGGCAUCCAUUGGACAAUGGUGUGCUUUGUUUUGGGUUUAAAAAUGCCUGAAACUGUGCCAGGGGGCAGUGACUCUGACUGAAGUCAGUAGUGUGUGUAUGUGUGAAUGAGCCAUGUCCUGUUUAACUGUGAAUGGUGUGACUUCUCUGUGUUGAAACUGGUGUUAUUUUCCCUUUUCUAUGUACAAUCAUUUAGAGACAUUUCGAUUUGUCUCUUAAAAUACUAUGUUUUAACAAUCAGUAAUGGAAUGACCAGUGGCUCGUGAAGGAAGACUCUUGUUGUAAAGUUUAUAAUCUUUAUAUUUAAAGUGCACAUAGCCAUGAAGUGAAAGAAAGCAAUAAUGAGCUAUAAAAGGGAAGAGGACAUAUUCCUUAGGUUACUUGUUUCUGGUUUGGGUGUUUGAAUAAACAAUAUGUAUUUGCCCCAUUACUGUGGUGAGGCAGGGAUGCUUUGGCCUCUGUGAUUACCACAUCUCAUCAGAGUGAGGGAAUGUGAGCUGAGGCUGACCGGACUGUGAGGCCCCUGGGAGCCCCUUUCACUCUCCUCUGCCUCCACACUGAGCGCCUUUGUGCCCCAAAAGCAAAGACGAGACUGCAGCAACAAAUAGCCGUUAAGAGUCAGGGGCUGAGUCCAAUGCUUCUGCCCCAUAGAAUAUCAAUGAGAGGGACAGCCAAGUGUAUCCAUCAUGUGAGAUACAGACAGGCAUCUCCUGUGACUGUGCUGAGGUGGGGCAGAAGAGGGCCCACUCCAAGCUGCCACAAUGACCAACCCCUUAUGGCUCUUUGACAAUGAAGGCAGAUGGGCAGACGUCAGGUGUGGAGUUACCCGUUCAGUCCUGUAUUCAAAUGUAGAUCCAGAGAUAGUUUGAGUUGAUCUGGGUCACAGCGCUGGGCUUUUUGUUUUGUGUGUGUGUGCCAGUCUCAUAGGAUUUACUUAAAAACAUCUUUGAUCAACUGUACCUCCAUUCACUUUACUCCUCUUUGUUUAGAGCUCCAUUAGAGUUGUUAAGAAGUGGUUAAUGUUAUUGAAGACACUAAACCAUACAACAUGUGUACAGUGAGGCCAUGCACAGAACGCUAUUGUGUUAGUUACAAAAAGUGUACAGGAACAUCUGAAUUGCUUUUUGUGAUUCACACAAUAAAGGCUGUUAGUCAUUCUAAUAACAAAACUGAGAACAAUAUUAUUCUCACUGAUUAAGAGUAAAGUUAUUGUCUCUCUAAGGAAAGACAAGUUUUGUCUUGUCAGAGAUACACCAACCAUUUCUUUCUCCUGGCCUCUCAUUGAUUUGACAUGUUCUGUUUUAAUAAUGUAGAACAUACAACUAGAUACACCCAGUUUUACCACCUUUAAAUCCAUCUUCAAUGCUCUAAACAUUUUUAAUUAGAAAUAAAAGCACUUUAAGUAUGUUUAAGUUUUAAAGUAAGUUUUUCAUCUGCAUUUACAGCAUUUGUGACUUGAUCCCAAUAGUUUGGUCCAUAUACCUCUGGAUUAUUGCCUACAUUAUCCCAGUGUAGUACAUCGCAUUCAUGAGUGGGUCAUUAGUAUUGCGUCCAUGAAGCCCUCCACCACCAGGCCGCUCCUCUCUGCCUCCUUUUAUCUCCAUCACUGCACCAGCCUCAGCCCCCGUGCGCAGUCAGCCGUGUGCUCGCCCCAUGUCUCCUCUGGUGUUGUACUAAACAUGCUUGAUUAGAUAAAAACUACUUUGAGCUCCUUCUAAUGAAGAUCACUACAGACACAUCAGCGUACAUGGCACAAGAUCUUUAGCUCCUCUGCUAACCACUGCACAGCCAAAUAAGCCCUUCAACCAAAGUCUAAUGUGUUUGAAUGAAAGAUCAGCUCAUGCUUAAAAUAGGCCAGCAGUGGCUGAUAAAAAUAUAAGUACUAAGUGUGUUGUUUCAUGAACUAAACAUCACAGAGCACCCAACUGAUAUCCACAGUCAAUACUAAAGAUGUACUUGGACUUAGUUAGGUAGUAUUAUAGUUUAUAUAUAGCUUUACAAUUUCAUGCAUUAUUAAUUUUCCGCUUAACCAAUUACUGCCGGUAAGCUACUUCAGUAGACAUAGCUGCUCUGGGGAUAGACUGAUAGAGGUGUGGCUGCCAAUCCAACUAUGUCUUUUACAGCUACACUACAUUUAAAUAAAAUACAUGUAAAAAGUUAAUAUAUUUCAUUUGUCAUAGGUUUGCCAGUAAACUAAUAUGUCUCUGUAUGCACCAUGACAAUCAGCUUUUUUACAUGAUAUACGCAUUAGCUUACCUGCACCUUAUUGUUCUCCUGGUUUAUUCAAUAAUAAGUCAGAAAUCAAAGCAGUUCCCAGAAGCAGGCUUCUUUAUUUCACAUCAAAUCCUUCAAGGGUGGCAAUUUUUCCAGACAUUUUCAAAAGCUCUCAUGCAGUAAAUUACUUUUCUUGCUUUAGCAUUGUGCUGAGAAAUGAUUUUGUUUGGACUCUUUUUAAUGUACAGUACUUUGCCACAAGCCCCAAUGGCCAUGCACACUUUUGCUUUCAUCAGUAGUAUGCACAUAUCAUCCCCCACACACACAAACACACACACACAUCCACACACACACACACACACUAGACACAGACCAGCCCUGUGACCCUGAAUAAUGUGCUUUUAUUUUCUAAUUUGUACAUUUGUUUGUAUGAUAAAAGACCCCAGCCGGUAACUGCCAUUUGGCCUCCAGGUCUCCCUCUCAAGAACGGAGAAAAGGAGAGGAUUCCCAGGCCAAUCAGACCCAAACAAAAAGCACAGUAUAAGAUAUAAACAAGAAUUAGCAUUUUUUUGUAAAGUUGUACUUAGUGAUAAUUUUGUCAUGUUUUCUAUUGUUUGUUUCUGUGGUAGAUAUUUGAUUUGAGGUAUAUUAUUGUACAUGAUUUCUGGUGUGCCGGACUGACAAUGAAGACUGAAGACUAUCACUCUAUGGAUUUCGACUGAGAUGCUGCUUCCUGUUUUUAGGGAGAGUGGCGUCUUCUUCUACUACUGUGAAGGACCCUUAUUGCCGUUCUGUGGCUAUAUGACCAGAUGCCCUACCACCUGUACAUACUCCUGAUGCUUACCUGUAAUUUGAAGUGCGGUAGCUGCAUGAAGACACAGCUAAUUGUACAGACCUGUGUGAUUUUGUACAUUACAUGCAAGUGUGUGCCAGUCCAUGUGUCUCCAUACACACAGCCACACGUGCAUGCCCCUGCUCCAAGUGCACAGAAACCACAUACACACACACUACAGUCCAGGGGCUGCGACCACGCCCCUCCACUGAGCGCUGCCUGUCACUCCUCAUGGAGACACUGUGUCAACUUUCUUAUUGUAAUAAACCACUUCACAUUCA